CCUUGUGAGCAUCGGACGUUCAAGACUAUACAACCGAUAAAAAACAUCUAUUCAAUAUGAACAGUAAGACAUUCUACAAACGGGAAUACUUGAAGAAACCUAGGCGGUGCCAUCUCGACUACUCCGACGAGCGAGUCUGGGAGCAAAGCUACUUGGAGGCAAAAUGCAAAGAGCUGAAUUUGGAGGAGGAGUACAGGAGAUAUCAGAUCCGUCUGAUGAUAAGCUCUCUCACCGUAUUCUACCCCCUGUUUAUACUGGUGACACUGGGCAUGGAGUUUGUAAAUUGGUUAUGUGUCGAGAAUACAAGUUUAAUCUCCAUAAAUUUAUUUUUUGCUUCUUUUAAUCUGGUUAUGGUGUCUUCAAUAUUAAGUGUCAACUUCUUCGAAAGUUUCGUAACGCGCCACCGGUGGGUAAUGGUUUUCACCUCAGUUUUGGCGGCUUAUGCCGUGACAUUUAAUGACAUAGCAUAUGUCCAAUAUCACAAAAACAAUACCCACUGGCCUCUAAAUACCGCAUUUGACGUGUUUGUGCUUUGCAUGAUUUACAUGUUUCUGCCAAUUCCGUCAAUUACGGGAGCUGCUCUGUUGGCCACCUCAGUAAGCCUUAUUUACGUGGGCUACUUCGUACGCAACUUGAUCAAACACCCUUCGUUUGAGCGCGAAAUCAGCGGCUACGAGAAUCUAGCCGCUGAUAUACUGCACAAUGUGGGCUUCAACAUGAUGGGCAUCUUCUUCCGGAUUAUGAACGACAUCUUGGUGCGCGCCUCCUUCCUCGAUCGCCACCAGUUCAUCAAGGAGGAAGUGUGGUUGCGGAACGCCCUGCUUCAGGAAUCGAUGCUCCUGGACACCAUCCUGCCGCCCCAGAUCGCAAAGCCCAUCCAGGACAGCAUCAAAAGCAAGAUCAGGCAGUCGGAAAAUGCGCCCGAACGCUUCUCCAUGGGUCGCCGGCGUAAGAGUGACACCUUUAUGCCCAUCCAGAUUCAUCCCGAUGUCAGUAUCCUGUACGCGGACGUGGUCAACUACACCCACUUGACCACAACCUUGACGGUUCAGAGUCUGGUGAGAGUCCUGCACGACCUCUACGGAAGAUUCGACAUGGCAGCCUCCCACUUCAAGGUGCAGCGUAUUAAAUUCCUAGGCGACUGCUAUUAUUGUGUGGCAGGAUUAACGACACCAGAUCCUGAUCACGCCAAGAUGGCGGUGUCGUUGGGCAUAUCAAUGAUUGCGAACAUCCAGGAGGUGAGGACGGAAAGCGGAUUGGAUAUCGAUAUGCGCAUAGGAGUCCACUCAGGUUCUUUAAUUGCAGGUGUGAUCGGCGAAGCGAAGCUGCAGCUCGAUAUUUGGGGUGCUGAUGUUGACAUCGCCAGUCGUUUAGAGGCCACAGGAAAGGCGGGUCAGGUCCACGUUAGUGGGCGCACUCUUGCCUACUUGAAUAUUGCUGACUAUGUGAUAUAUCCGGGCACUGAAAUGGCUCGAAAGGACAACCUGCUGAAGUCGAUGAGCACAUAUCUUAUCACUGGAACUGUAUCCCGAGGUUCCAUUCAAACCGUCUUGUCGGAAUCGAACCUUGAUAUCACGUAUAUCGAGAUACAACGGGAACAAACGGCCGCUCCUUCCUCAAUGUCGGAUGAGCUUCGUGAGGAGUUCCGAAAAAUGCCAGUCGGUGGCUUCAACUUUCGAAAGCUUUGCUGUCGCCGUGGUGUUAACGAGGAUGACAACGCCGAACGCAAUUUGGGCACGUUUUGUGUGGCGUUUAAAGACUCUUCUCUGGAAAGGAGUUACCUACAGCAGCCCGACUUCAUUUUCAAGGCCUCGAUGCUGUUGGCCUGGGGAAUUUGCUGCUGUCUCAUCUACAUGCAGGUGGUAGACAACAACUUUGUCUGCGAGGCCUGCAUUGUGGUGGAUCUACUCACAUUUCUCUUGCUGACUGCCAUGUUGUGUAUCGCCUGGUAUAAGAAAGUGUGUUGGUGGAAGGAUAGACACAGGGAAUCCAAAGUGUACGGCAAAUUCAGCUGCACGGUGUUCCACCUGUUCGAGAAGCUUCAGUACAGUGUGACUCUGCGCAUUACCGCCUACUUGCUGAUCAUUAUAUGCUACGUCUCGGUGAUCUCUUUAAUAAUGAUAAACUGCGACCGCGACCAGUAUGAGCUGAGUGUUAUUGACAGCAAGCUUUUCCACUAUGAAAUGAAACGGGAUUUCUGCUUCCAUCCGUGGGCAUUUACGAACAUGAUUUCUUUGAUAAUCGGCAUGAGCUACACCUUUGCACGAAUUCCGUUCGUACUGAAGAUAGUAGUCAGUGGUUGCGAAACCUUGGCCUACCUGCUGAUCGUGUUCUUCCAGUACGCAUUCAUUUUCCGGCACAGCGCCACCACUUCUCCGUUUUUGCAAGCGGAAGUAGCUCAUUGUUUUCGGGUUUGCAUGAUGCUGCUCACUAUGUCUGCAAAGGAACGUCAGACGGAGUUCAACACAAAGCUUAACUACAAGCUUAACGUAGACUUGCAGAAAAAACAAAAAGCAGCUGAUGUUACAAACCAAUCCAUCAUAAUUCUGCUUAACAACAUUCUGCCUUCUCAUGUUGUCGACCUGUAUCUUGAUUCCAUAGCUCACCAUGAGCUGUAUUACGAAAAUUAUCAAAUGGUUUCAGUUAUGUUUGCCAUGCUUGUAAAUUUCCAAAUGAAUUUGCCCAGCCUAAGAAUUCUUAACGAUAUCAUUACAGAGUUUGACAAACUGUUGUCGGUCUACAAAGAAUAUUAUGUUGUUGAGAAAAUUAAGGUCGUCGGUUGCACUUAUAUGGCCGCUUGUGGAUUGGACUUCACAUUAGCUUCAGGAGUCAGAGCCAGCAGUAAUUUACGCAGUAGUUCACUCCAUGUAGAUGUGGAGAGGGUUCUAAACCAGAGAUCGUCCACCGAUAACAAAGAGACCGAGUCCAAUCACGAUGAGGUGGUCUUCAUUAUGACCUCGUUCGCCCUGGACCUGAUGCGAACCCUGUCGGUGUGCAACAAGGCCUACUCGGAUUUCCACUUCGACCGGGAUUUGGCGAGUGGAGAGAUCUGCAUCGGGAUUUCCAGCGGAGAGAUAAUGGCCGGAGUAGUGGGUGCCUCGCAGCCUCAUUACGACAUCUGGGGGAACCCGGUCAACAUGGCCUCUCGAAUGGAAUCAACCGGUCUGCCAGGUCACAUCCAGGUUACCGAGGAGUCCGCCAAGGUCCUCCAGGAGUUCGACAUCCACUGCACUUACCGUGGCUUGACCUUCGUUAAGGGUCGCGGAAACAUCCCCACUUACUUUGUGGGAAUCGAUGAAAACUUGAAGUUCAUUUCCGCGAGACUCGUCGACCGAGCCUCAACGAGACGUUUUUCAGUAAUGUCUUCACUGGAACCAUAUGCAACUCCUACCAGUGAGGAAGAUGAGAGUCAGUAGUUUCUUGAAUGUUCAUUAAAAUAUAUAUUUUCUACAAAA